CACAGUGACUCCAUCGUGCGCCAGCACUUUACUCGUUUUUCUUCAUCUUUUUUCUUAUACAUACUUACGAUCUUUUUUUUUAUUUUCUAUCCGAUCGUUCUGAUAUAAAUUCAAUAACAAGUGAUACAAAACAUUGAUAAGACUGUAUGAUCAUUGUGGGUAAGUGAGAAGAGUAGGCGGAAUUUAAAACGGAAAGCUGAUUUUGAACGUGAAUAAGAAUAAAAUAAUGGCAAAACUUUGUACUUGGAUGAUCGUCUUCUUCAUUGUUGGGGCAACAGCAACAGUAGAGAAUUACAUGGACUAUGGAAACGAUGCAUCUGGCAACGAUAAGACGGCGAAUCUUCGGGAGCUCUACAGAUUCUUGGUGCAGCGCAGUGCCGACGAGCCGGAGGGAUUUCCGGAUUUGGCAAGUGAACAUUUGCAACCACGAGCCGUAGAGAGAUCGCCCUCACUGCGUUUGCGCUUUGGACGCUCAUACCCCAAGUAUCCGCGUUCGCCGUCGCUGCGUCUGCGUUUCGGUCGUUCUUACUCAAAUCCGGUAGGUCCGCUUUCGAAAUUGAACGAGGGGGGAUCUUCGUAUACAGGGUUUGAAGAGAAUUAAUGAUCCAAUCACUCAUCAAACCGGCAGCAGUGCACUACAACACGCCAUCUUUUCUCUUUACAAAACAACCUGUAAUUCUUCGUUUCUCCAAAACGAAUAUUGUAUCCAAGAUUUAUUUACCGCUACCUAUGCGCGAGCCAUUUGCAUCGUGCAAGUUUCGUAAUCCUUUUUCAUUCACCAUCUUCAACAUCACUUAUUUAUCUCUCUUUCUAUUUUACUAUCUCUUUCCAGCUCUAUCAGUCUAUCUCUU